AUGUCUGCUUCACGUGCGCUAAUUAUGAUGCUCUUCGGGUUCAGGGUGUCCAUUCAUUACUUCCUUAUUUUAGCUUUAUCUAUCUAUAAAGCUUAUAUAAGGAAUGAGAAAGGUCUUAAAGAAGACACGGGCAUCCCCAAGAAGAUUGAUAUAGAUAUAGAAACAGAAGAAAGCGAAGCGGAUAUUAAAAGAUUACUAACCAAUAAUACUAAAGACAAUUUCAAAGAAAUCAUUAUAUGCACCAAUGCUUCUCCAAUACGAAGCAAAGUUGGACGUGAUUAUCUAUGCUGUUUUUGUACAGAUAGAUUCAAGGAUCCCGCUAAAUUAAAGGAACACUCUCGUAAACACUUGGCCAGGUUAGAUAAAGACCAACGCAACGAACGAAUUUUAAAGCAAGUAAUUGAUGGAAAGAACCGCAUGCCGUUCAUCAAAUUAGAUAUAACAAAUUUGACUUGUAAACUAUGUGGAAUGUUAAUUAAGACUUUGGAGGAACUUUUGCAACACCUCGUUGAAAUUCAUAAGCGAAUAAUGCACCUGAAUAUAAAGAAUCUAAUAAUCCCUUUCAAGUUUGAGACUGAAGAGAUGGUUUGUUGCGUUUGUUCCAAGGAGUUUGCGUCUUUCAAAUGUUUGGUUGAACAUAUGAAUACGCACACGACGAAUUUUGUUUGCGAUCUCUGUUCAGCCACCUUCAUCGCUAUGGACAGACUGAAAUCUCACAUAAAAUUGAGGCACGCAUUAGGCGAGUUCAAAUGCAACUUUUGCCCGAAAAUAUUUAACAUGAAGGUGAAAUUAUACCAACACGAACGGAGGAUGCACAGGAAGGCGAAUGAAGUCAAAAAAUGUGAUUACUGCGAUGAGAAUUUCGAAACGCAAUGGGCGAAGCAAAAGCAUCAGUUCAAAUUUCACGGAGUCACAGUUUCCGUUUUAAAAAAGGUUACGUGCGACUUAUGUGUUCGUGAAUUUCCCAAUGUGGGUACUUAUAAGACGCAUUUUAGACGGUUUCAUCUGUUGGAGAAGAGCCACCAAUGUGAAUAUUGUAAAAUGAGGUUUUUUGAUAUCCGCCAAUUGCAAAUACACAUAGUCAAACAUACAGGAGAGAAGAAUUAUCAAUGUGAUUUAUGUAUGAAGGCUUUCGCGCUAAAGAAGUCUUUAAGAAAGCAUUUGAUUAAGUUUUCAUGUCGUCGGUAA